AUGGCUCGAACCAAACAGUCUGCACGAAAAAAUGCCUCUCCCUGUACACCACCAUAUUCGUCUUCCUCAUACCAAUCCAUAAAACGUUCUCCCUCUCCACCACCUCACCCAUCACCACCACACACAUCUUCUGCCUCUCCCUCUUCUCACACUAGUCAAGAAGUUCUAAACCUCAUUCCUCUGUCUACCUUUCUUCCACCACUAUACACUCGUCCUACACCAAACUUCGCUCAAGUGCCUCCCCAUCUACGCACUAGAAUCACUCCUCCACGCCGCUUCAUGCGUGUCCAACCUGGAAUUGGUACGUCAAAAUCCAUGAACCCUAAACCACAUUAUUUCAUCAUUUCAGACUCUGAGAGUGAUGACUCUUCUGAUUCGUGCCCCCCAGUAGCAAAAUCACCAACCCAACCUGAACCACAAAGAAACACGACGCCCACAACACCAACACCACCACCACAAAAUCCAUCAACAUCUACUAAACCUUCGACACCCUCAAAAUCUGCCUUCUCUUCUGAACCAUCGCACUCAACUCCUCCCCAUCAAAAACAGAGAUCAAUCAAUGACAUCGUUUCCCCUUCCACAAACCAAAAAGAAUCACUCUCUCAAUCAAAACCACCAACUAAACACAUGAGAACCAAAAACACAAUAACUAUUGCUCAAUUUCUUGCUCGAAAAAAUCUCCCAAAUCCUCAAAGAAAGAAAACGCUUGCCCCCAAACAAAACCUAAAAACAAAACGUUCUCAAGAACAUAUCCCAUCACCUUCCACUCUUUUUGCUCAAACAUCCGGCACAGUCUCUUCAGUUAUUCCCUCUUAUACACUUCACUCCCCCAUCCACGACUUCAGUACUUUCUUGUCUAAUCCACUUUUAUCUACCAUGUCUCCACUAUUUGUUUCACCUCAGAAAACCAGCUCAUCGAUUUUUGGCAUAAGUCAGUUUUUGAACUUUCCCGCUACUGUUGGCCCCUCUAUCACAUCUGUUGGCCCCCUACCAUCUGUUUCAUCUUCUUUUGCCUCUCUUCCAUCCUUAUCUACCAUGCAUAUUCCUUCCAACACAGUUGUUGCUACCACUUCUCAACCCUCCGCUUACCUUCCCUCCACUUCCACCUUAGCUGCACCCUCAAACUCUGACAUCAUGGCUGCUCUCUAG